AUGGAAGAAUUGCGAAGGCUUUUAAACGAGUUUAGCGAUAAGGCUAAUCCGGUUCAGCCCGAAGAGCUGAACCAGAUCUCAGAUACGCUGUUGAAGCUCGUGAGCAGCGUCGACCUUUCAGAAGAUCACCAACUGGUCAUUGAAAGCUUGUUUGGAGAUCGUGGAUUGGAAAGUGCGAUAAGAAAUGCGGCUAAAGUGAAUGACGCGAUCCCGGCCGUCUGUAAUGGUAUUCAGACCAUUGCUGAAUUGCUGCCGUUUUUCAAGCAUUCUCCUGGCGACUCUUCAAAAGUUUUGUUGCUCAGGGGCAUGUGUUUGGAUGUUUUCAAUAAAUGCAUUGAGAAUGCGAAGGUCGUGGAAAAAUCUUUGGAAUUUCUCACCGAUCUCUUGGAUACUCAGCCUUACGGCCAACUCUCGGAUUAUGACUGGAAAGUUAUCCAGUUGAUCACCCGUAUGAUACGGGAAUUGGAUGGAACAAAACUGAGACCAACAGGAAAAAGGGCGGCGUUGAAGCUGCUCGGGAAAAUUGCGGAGAAGUUUCCAAAGUGCAGUUUAGAAGCUAUUGCGAAAGUUGUCAAGGUUCAAUUUCAGCGGCAGAUGAACAGCAAAUCCAAAAAGGUUGAUCUCACCAUCGUUGAGGGGUGUUUCGUCGCUAUUCGUGGCCUUUGCAUGCAUUACGACCUUCCUGGCGAUUCCGCUCUGUAUGAUACAGUAUUUGAGGUCAUCUUGAAAAUUCUGGCGCUUACUGAAGAACUAAGGCAAUCAGGAGAAACUUCUCGAGCUGCAUUGCGUCUGAUUUCGGAUUACGCUGUUCUCUUCAAGCCGAAACUGUUCGAAAAUGCGUGCGCAGUCGUGCUUAAAGGAAGUUCCGCAGAUCUGCACAAAUAUAUUUUGGAAUGUUGCGGUCAUAAAAAUGAAGAGACGAAAAAAGCUGCGCGCUCUGCGAUGGAUUCCUUUUUGAGAGUUGUUGCUGCUGCUCUGGUGGAAUCCAGGGGACGGAUGGACGCUGGUAACGGAAAGAAAGUGUUCUCGAAUGAUGGGUCGUAUUACGUAGAGCAACUGCGUAAAACCAGCGAGCAACCGAGCAACUGCAUCACGGAAAAGGAAAUGGCCUCUUGCUUCAAGGGUUUUGGCGCUUUCGCUGGUCCUUGCAGUGUUUUCUACAGCCAAGAACUUCUUGGACGCUACUUAAUAAGCUUUGUCAAUUUCGGCUUGAAAAUCAUCAUUGAAGGCGGGGAAGCAAAGGUGGGGCUGGCCCCUGAUUUUUUCAUCGCAUUGUCUGCCAUUACAACGGCACUGGAGCAAGAGGACGAAUCCGUGAUUUUGUGCAAUUUGCGGAAUGUGGAAAGAAUUGGGGUGAUUUUGUGCGAAGGAUUCGCUGAAGGAAUACCCGUGCAAGUUCAUUUCAUAGUUUCCUCGUCGCUUUUGAGAUUUAUUGUCGCCCUGAAGGCGAAAGAAUUCAAUGUGGCACAUUCUCAGUUUCUUCGUGUCAUCAUUCGUCAGGGUGUCAUCAGAGCAUGCUCCCAUUUUCCGAAAGAAGAAGCUGAUAUAAUUGAUCCGCUGAUGGAUGAUUCUGGCAAGCGUUUCAAUGGCUGGAGUGGGAAAGUUAGUCACGAAAGUUUCGUCGGUGUUUGGACGCAGCUACUUGCUGGACUCUCAAAAUCUGAAUUGCGGAAAUACGAACUUCCGGUUGAUGUAACGAACGACGAUUUCGUGGCUGCGUUUGUUACCGGAGUGUUGCAAAUCGUGGAUGAUUUAAAUUUGGAGACUCAUCGUGUUGACGACGAAAGGAACGUCGAAGAACUCACUCCAAUUGAGUUGGAGGCAGAAGACGGUCUUGUUGCUUCAAACGUCGACGAUUUCUCUAUCUUCGCCAACGUUGUUGACUUCUCAUUUCUUGUCCUUGCGGAGCGAGCGGAUCCAAGCUAUGCUGAAUCUGUUCGCAAACACAUGUUUGCCUGGACCGAAACCGCGAUGAUUGCCUCGGAAAAGUAUCCCCUUGCCAGUGGCUUUUAUAAAAUGAUCCAAUUAGGUCUCAUGUUGCUCUUGAAACCGAACACCCAAGAACAUCUUCGUAAUGAUGAUGAUGACCUAAUGGAUGUUGUCAAUGAGCUGGAUACGCCUUCGGAAUUCCAAGAGAGAGUCGCAGAAUUUUUGAAGGCCGCGAUUCUAAAAUGCCGAUUUUAUUCGGAUGAAUUACUGCUGUCGUGUUGCCGCAUGGUCUGCGCUUCUCCUGUCUCGUUGAUCAUGAAUUCAUUCGACGAACUAAUUGCUAUGCUUGAGACGGUGUUCGUCAAAGGACAAAGUUUUCUUUUAUUGGCAAAAGAAGGCCUUGAAACGAUUGAGCGAUGGUUACCUUCAUUGGAUGGAAAUCGAAAACAAAAGCUUUUCUCGAAAAUAAUCCCCAUUUUGGAUCAGUAUUUGAGGUCUGCUGGUGACAAUAGGCUUCAAGUCCCUCAGUAUUGGAGGAAUGAGGCAGCGACGGAUGUUGAUUCAUUGCCUGGCCAGAAAUUGCCCAAAACGGAAGCUGCGCGCCGGAAGCGUCGCCAGAGGCUGCUCGAUAAAAGACUGCGAAGCGGCGGAAUGAGUGACAACUUCGUUUCCCUUUCAACUAUUCAGACAACAAUCCUUCGCAUCAUUGGCAAACACUGUUUGUCAGAUCGCAUCAUAUCCCGGGUUGUGUUUGCUGGAGCUGCUGCUUCGAACGGAAAAUUUGUAGCGUGGAAUGCCGAAGCACCGUUGCAAUUUCCAGUGCCAUUUGUCGAUGCCAAGCCCGAGAUUUCCGUGGAUGGUUUUGUGCCUCGCAUUGUCGAAUUGAGCGUGGAAUCAAGCGAUAGGAAAACUCGAUUGGCGGCGUGCGAAGCUUUGCAUUCCUUGGUCGUUUACCUGAUUGGAAUGGAUGCGUCUGGUGGAGAAGAUGGCCCACCAUGCCUGGAGGCGACAAGAAGGUAUUUGGUGUAUCCUGCAUUGUUGCGACUCGGUGCGGAUGACGACGAUCUAGCCGUGAAAUCCAUCUUCAAGCCGCUCAUUUGCCAGUUGACUCGUUGGUUUGUGGUCAAUACAGGAAAACCGAAAAUGAGUCGUAUCAAUCGCGAAGCUUUGUUCUGCUGCAUUUGCGAUAUGUUGGUUCAGCGAGGCAGCAUUGGACAACGGCAAGCAGCUGGCGAGUAUCUUCGAGACUUUUUUGUGUUUGCUCGAGAAUCACAUGAUAUUGGAACCAUGGAGAGCGUUCUGGAAUGGAUUGCGAGUCAGUGUCGUCAGGAUGAUCCUCUUCGUCGUCUCGGUGCUUCGUACGGGUUCAAGUCUCUCCGUGUUGCGUUCCGAGAGGCCAAGGAAGUGGUGGACAAAUACUCGUUUUACUUGUUCGCGAGUUUUUUGGAUGCCUUGGACCUAUGUGAAAAUUUCAUACACUCCGUUGAUGGUGAAGCCGAAGAAGGCGAAGUGGAAGAGAUCCUCAGGUGUUUAUACCAUGUUGAGAGGGCCAUGGUUUUCUCAGAACGUCGAAGGAAACUUUUACUCAGUAAAAUCCCCGUCGUGGUGUCCGCACGGAAAAAGUUUAGUGGGAUUGUCGGAGAGCUCACAUUGGACGCAUUUUUCGAUUGGUUGAUAAUGAAUAUGAUUGACUUUUCUGGACCGCCAAUGAAGAUCAGACGGCAUCAAUCUGCAUGUGGAAAAGCUUUCAAAUUAAUCUCAAGUCAUGUUGGCUGUGAUAAGACGACGAUCGUGAAGACUAUCAUGGAAAACAGAACGGAUCAGUUCGACAAAAUCUAUCAUCUGCAGGAAAAUAUCGAAGGAAAGCUGAGCGUUCUGUCUUGGCUCACUGAAGUGUUGCCGAGUUCAGAUAUGGAGAACAUGUCAAUGUUUGAGCAUUUUGAAACAGUUUCCAACAUAGAUUCCAUCAUAUCUUCAUUAUCCAAAGAAAACGAGCGACGUCACUCCGUGUGCUCACGUUUACUCAAGCUCUUGAACACGAUGAAUGCGAAAAGCGUGUGGAAAAUGCUGGAAGGAUCAGAGCAGUUGGUGUCGAUAUUGUCGACAAUGGCUUUUGAAGUCGACCCUAACCUUAUGUGGAAGUUCGGGGAGAAACUGGCAGAAAAUGAUGAAUUGUUCAAAAGUGGAGUCAGAGCUGCUGCAGGGAGAGCGAAAUUUUGUACAUUGUUCGAUUUAUCAAACAUCGACGCGAAAUCUUUUCUCCUGCUGGAUAGAUUCGUGGUGUACUUGGAAAGAAACCUCAUCUCCAUCGACUGCCGGAAGGACCACAUUGCUGAGGUGGAAAGUCUUGGCGGCCGCCACCUUGAAAAUCAUAGGGAAGAGACCAUGGGACAGAUGAGUCUGGGCCAGAUCUGGCCUGCGGGCCGUAUGUUGGGCAGCACUGCUUUAAGUAACGUGGUGCGACAUCUGAACUCCGAUAAAGGAAUCAGUCCAGUUAUACAGAGAUACACCAAGAAACUUCUUUAUUUCAUCGUCUCAUUGGACUGGACAGAAAGAACCUUGUGCGACUUUUUAGAAAGCGUCAGUGUGAACAGUUCCAAUAGAACUGUGAUCUAUUCAGCGUUUUCUGAAAAAGCGAAGAGUAGCGAAAUAUGUUUUGAAAUGUUCCUGGAAGACGCUUUUGGACGCGGUCAACAUAAAGUCCGGGAUGUGGCUUUUGACAUCAUCGUCGGAGUUUUGUCAGUUUCUAGAACCAAAACCUUAUUCCCAGUCCUGGUCUCGUAUUGGCAAAAUAUUCUGACCCAUUACAAGACCCGCUCUGAUGAAAAGAAGGAAGAUGAAAUCGUUCGUCUGGGAGUUGGGUUGUGUAACCUGAUUCAGACGACCAGUUCAGUCGGCGAGUUUGAGGAAGCAGAAAAAUUCUUCGUUGGAAAUUUGACCAAGUUGGACGUCGUUAUUGAUCUGAAUCGCGACGUGGACUUGUUUCCUUUCAUCACGAUCAACUGUUCGAAAUGUAAAAGCACCUGCGUAGGUUCAACGGACUGUAGUCACAGAUUCCCAGUCUUGUUCUCUUAUUGGCAAAAUAUUCUGACCCAUUACAAGACCCGCUCUGAUGAAAAGAAGGAAGAUGAAAUCGUUCGUCUGGGAGUUGGGUUGUGUAACCUGAUUCAGACGACUGGUUCAAUCGGCGAGUUUGAGGAAGCGGAAAAAUUCUUUGUUGGAAUUUUGACCAAGUUGGACGUCGUAAUUGAUCUGAAUCGCGACGUGGAUUUGUUUCCUUUCAUCACGAUCAACUGUUCGAAAUGUAAAACCACCUGCGUAGGUUCAACGGACUGUAGUCACAGGCAAAACGUCGCUAUAGCGAUGCAUAAAUACUUCCCGAAAAAAUCUCAAGACAACGAGCAAAAUUCGCUCAACUGGAUGAGUCACAGAAAAGCGUUGAGAAGUUUAUUUCAAGGAGCUGUGGAAAAUCGUGAUUGCAUUUUAUUUGCGAUGUUGGCCGAAGCCGUUCUUUCGGAGUCGGAUCAUGCGCAUGAAACCGUGCUGGAAGAAACUAUUUUCAGAUUGUCUGAAAUGGAGGAAGACUUCGUGAACGAAUUGCUCGACUACUCGUGGACGAGGUCUUUGCACAAUGAAUCUAACAGUAGAGCGGACUGUGUUGGUUCAAGGAUGGCUUCACGAUUCAUCUGUCGACUAUUGGAACUACAAACAGAAUCUGUUCAACUCAAGUUCAGCGUGAAGCACAUCAGAGAAAUAAUUAAAGGAUGCUCCAUGGAUUCGGAUCUAAAUGCCCUGGGCUUUACUGCGAAAAGCGAACAAGCAGCGGUUGCAUUUUUCGUCUACAAACGCUGCUGCUUUCAGAUGAUGGAGGUCAUUUUGCGCAGUUUGCGGAAAGAAUUGACUGACGAACAUUCGCGCCUUAGCGCAUUAACUGUCGACUCUUCGUACUCCUACGAUUGGUCAGAACAAGAAGAAGCGUCAAGACUAAAAAUGAAAAACAGGCCUGCAAAGGAACAAGCCAAGCGAUUGGCGAAUGAAGUUGCGAAAUCUUGUCGAGAUUUCAUUAUGGGAAAGGCAAUGGAGGAAGACUUCGUGAACGAAUUGCUCGACUACUCGUGGACGAGGUCUUUGCACAAUGAAUCUAACAUUAGAGCGGACUGUGUUGGUUCAAGGAUGGCUUCACGAUUCAUCUGUCGACUAUUGGAACUACAAACAGAAUCUGUUCAACUCAAGUUCAGCGUGAAGCACAUCAGAGAACUAAUUAAAGGAUGCUCCAUGGAUGCGGAUCUAAAUGUCCUGGGCUUUACUGCGAAAAGCGAACAAGCAGCGGUUGCAUUUUUCGUCUACAAACGCUGCUGCUUUCAGAUGAUGGAGGUCAUUUUGCGCAGUUUGCGGAAAGAAUUGACUGACGAACAUUCGCGCCUUAGCGCAUUAACUGUCGACUCUUCGUACUCCUACGAUUGGUCAGAACAAGAAGAAUCGUCAAGACUAAAAUUGAAAAACAGGCCUGCAAAGGAACAAGUCAAGCGAUUGGCGAAUGAAGUUGCGAAAUCUUGUCGAGAUUUCAUUAUGGGAAAGGCGUUGGCGCGUGAAGCUGAAACCCUGCUGAAUGAGCACAAAACCGAAGAUGUGCUAGAGUCAGUUCGGGUGGCCCGAUGUUGGGCUUUAAAUUGCGUCCUAGCUUGCUUGAGGAAUCACAGAAAAAGUGACGAUUCCUUCACUAUUGCUUUCCCUGGGACCAAAGAUAUGGACACGCUUUUCUCCAACAUCAUACCCCAAAACAGGGAUACAGGACUUGGCCUAGAACUGGAAAGUAUUCCAAAGAGGGUCAGAUUUUCUAUGAUAACUGGACGGAAACUGGGGAAGAAUCAUCGCGUGGGUUCCACAUCGCAAAGAACAGUUUCAACGUUGAACUUUCUUGGUCGAAGCACUUUAUCCGAAGAUGUUGCCAAGUUCGAUUUCUCGGACCCAAUGCCUCCUAGUCCUGCUGCCACGAUCGAAGAGAACGCCGGUGCGCUCUUCGAAUUGGAAUUGGAUUCGUUGAAUCAGCACGAAUGCGCGCCGCAAUUAACAGCCGCUUUGCGAUUCGUUGCUCUGCAAAAUUCCGCUUCUAAAGAAAUUCCGACGAUCGUGAAACAUUUGCGGGAUGCCUUGGAAUCGUCAAAAUCGCCGAAAGUGAAGCAGAUGGUGGCAAAGUUGCUGAACAACUGUAGGGAUGCUUUGGAACCGUGGGGACAAAUUUUUGUCCCUGGGUUGUUGCGUGCUAUUUAUAGCGAGGCUGUUGGCGAACAGCUGAAUUACCUUACUUUGGAUUUGAGUGUAUUGGUCUUCGAGUGGAGCAAGAAAAAAGGAGACUCGGAUUUGAGCGAAGAUGUGUCGAAUUUUGUGGAGUUCUUGGUCCUCAAAUCCUCGCAGUUAUUUAGAUCGGAUGUGAAACUUGCCAUUCUGGACACACUGGCAAACGCCGCGGAAUUGUGGAAAGACUUGUUAAGGAUGCCGGUUCGAGUCCUUGCGAUGCUGCUUGAGGAUGAAUCUCCGAAAGAAGGAGAUAAUUCCGUGUCUGACACGGGUAUCAGGGCUUUAGGAGCAAUCGUUGCUCAUGGUGUCGGCCUAUUUUCUGAUGGUGUUAACGAUGAAAACGGAAUUUUGCGGAAAGUGGCAAAAUUCUUUGUGACGAGGCAUGACAUUCCGUCGUUGCGAACAGCAUCCGAAGUCACGGGGGUCUUGCUUAAAAGUCUGUCGAAAAUGAAGCCCAGUGAUUGGAAUGGAGCCAUUGGAAAUGUCUCACGAUCCUUCAUUGACUGUAUCAUUGGGCAUGUUGAAAAGCUGGCCAAGGAUUCAGUUCGUUUCAUUCGAUGCGCUCAGAACAUUCAUUUGCAUUUCCCUACGAUUGCGGGGAGCGAGGUUCCGCAAAAUUUGUUGCAAGCUCUUGUCGAUGGGGCUUAUAGUCCGGAUCGCUCGUGUAGAGCUGCUGUUUACGACGUUUGCGCCGAAUGGUCUGCCAAAUCCGAACUUUUCUUGGCUGCAUUGCGUCGCGGUGUUGCAGACUCGGACUCGUUGCUUCGACACAAGUGUCUUUCCUUUUGGUCGAACAAAGCGGAUCAAUUCCACUCCAUCGCCGGUCGACUCAUCGACGUCCUUCUCGCCAUUCACGCUGCGGAAACCGAGUCCCGUCUUUUACCCAACGUACUUUACCUCGUCCUGCAAACCACGGCCCAGAGUCCCGACUAUGAAAGGUCGCAAUUUCCUCGUCCGCUGCUGAAUGACGCCGAAUAUACGCCGUAUGCCGUGGUGGCGACUGCGCGAAGAAUGCGUGGCUCAGCUAAGCCUUUGUUUGCUUCUGUGGGAAGACUGAGUAGUCGAUUGGGUGGUUCUCAGGCGAGUGUGUUUGAGGCGACGGUGAUGAGGAGUAUUAGAAGCGGAAGUGUGGGUGAAAAACGAGGAGGCGGAGAAAUGGUUCCUUCGGGCAGUGUGAAUGGGCAUUUUGAUAUCACGCCCACACAGGCUGAUGGAGACAGUUUCAAGCUCAUCAAGCGGAGGUUUGUCAAAUCCGAAGACGUCGCCGAUCGUUCUCUUGUCUUCAAGAAAAUGGAAGAACGUCGAAAGGUGAAGGAAGAGCGAGAAUCGGAGCUGAAACGUAUUCAGCGUGUUGAGGAAGUGCAUUUAGAUUUUUUAAUGCGUCGACCUGGACACGGCCUACAUGUCUGGUGGUUUCAGUUGGAUGGAGUUGUGGCAAAAACACUUUUCUCGGCCAUCAUCAGUGGAAUCGCCAGAGAAACGAAAAUGAAAGACUUUUUGAAAAAAUUUGGCGCAGGGGUUGACCUCGUUCUGAAAUCGUCCACAUUACCGCAUGCUCCAGUUGUUGCAUCAAUCUGUGACGUUUUAUGGUCCGUUAAUGGAAAAAUAGACGUGGUCUCCGGACAGCUAACUAUAUUGGAGAUUUGCACCGAGCCAGAUUGGAAGCAGUUGUCGCUGUACAAAUCCCUUUUGUCGCAUUGGGCAUCCUCUGAAACGAGUAUCUCUGGACUGCCAGCUGCUGGGGCUUCGCUAGACAUUUGGGAUGACAUUGUCUCAUUCAGGCGACACGUGGAGAAAACUUUCCCGAAAAAGUUGGAUGAUGAAGCUAAAAAGGCAAAGUUUCGUUUGGCAUUCCAAGUGGCGAAAGUUGCUGGGGAUGGCAGAAACAUGGAGGACUUUGAGAAAUGGCGCAGGCGAGCCGAAGACUUCGCUCGAGGUUCCGCUGAAAAGGCUGAAGUACGGCUGCUAGAAAUCAAGCGGAAGUUGUCCGAUUCUGAACUUCUGCCGAGUGAUGAAGAUGCUUUUAAAAAAGCUGUGGAUUCUUGGAUUUCGUGGGAUAAUGUUCCUGAUGACUCGAUGUAUUGGGAUUACCGUGCAUUUGUGGCACAGUUCGUUGCUUCAAAAAUACUCACAAAAGAGGAAGUUUUUGCUGCGUUUGCCGAAGAUUGGUGGCGAAAUGUCGGGGAUGCUUUUGGAUUCACCGAUACGUCGAGCCCCCGAAAAAUUCUGGAUGGUUUGUUACUUUGUUCCUGGCAGCAACUGAAAAAGUGUGUCGACGAGAAGCCGGAUGACGUUGUAGCCUUAAUGCGACUGUUGAACUUCUGUCACGAGAACUUGACGCAAUGGCGGACAGACGAAAUUCCUCUUGCAAGAUCUGCGAUGGAAUGUUUGCUUCGAGCGCUGAAAAACGAGUCGAAGGAUGCCUGGCAAAUGAUUCCUGUCGGGCUGCAGUUGCUGGUGAACCAUGCUGAUGACACUGCCGCAGUUUUCUCAGAAAAUAUUUCCGGAAUCCCGGAAUGGAUGUUCUUGCACUGGAUUCCUCAGAUGACAGGAAUGUUGAAUUUAGUGGAAUCCGCCCCACUGAGACCAUUAUUGCUGAGAUUGGUGGAAAAGUAUCCGAAGGCAGUAUAUUUUCCGUUACGCUGUUCAGCCGAGUCCUGGAAAUUCCGCUGUCAGUUCAAAGAUCCCGAAUGUUAC